UCUACCCACAAUACACGCAUCCCCGUACACUUCUUCACCAAUUAUUAUACUCUCUCUCUCUCUCCCUGUGUCUCUCUGUCUAUAUAUGUCUGGGAUGCGUUUGUCACACACACCCUCUCCACCUUCACCCCCAGUUUGUUUUGUUUGUUUUAGCCUCUUAAGCUCACCCUUAUUUCCAUUCAUCCAAUCAAAACCUUAACUUCUCCGACUCCCUCUGUCUCCCUUUCCAUCCCCAGAAGUUUAACUCUUCACAACCAGAAUUGGUGCAUGGAUGGAUCCUUCUAGUGCACAGGAAAUGUCAUCACAAACACUAGAAAGCAUGUUGGGGUGCACAAAAGCACAGCAAGGGCAAGAGAAGAAGCCAAGGCCAGCUGAUGAGCAAGCACUAAAAUGCCCAAGGUGUGAAUCCACCAACACAAAGUUUUGCUAUUACAACAACUAUAGCCUGUCCCAGCCUAGGUACUUCUGCAAGUCAUGCCGCAGGUAUUGGACCAAAGGUGGGACCCUCCGCAACGUGCCGGUCGGGGGCGGCUGCCGGAAGAACAAGCGGUCAUCGUCCUCGGCUUCGUCGAGGAGCCGGAGCCAGGACCAGUCCUUGUGUUCCAGUCCCGUCCCGUUGCCAUCCCUGGCGGGCUUGCCUUACGAGGCUAGCGAUCUUAGCCUGGCAUUGGCUAGGCUACAAAAGCAAGCCAACCUAGGGGUAGGAGGGGAACAUGAGAUGGGUGGUAUAAUGUGUAAUCCCAAUAAUACCCCUUAUGACAUCCUCGGAAACCACCACCACCACGGCGGGUUUCUUGAAACGCCGGCGGCGAACGCAUCGUUCCAUAACCUGUACUCCUACGGGAACAUCAACGUGGAGAAUGGCGAAAUGGGGAUUCUUCCGUACGAGGAACACCACCUCGGCGGCGGCGCAGUGAAGCAAGAGAUGGGCAGUGCGAGAGAAGAAGGCGAGAUCAGCAACAGGGUUUUGUGGUCAUUUCCAUGGCAGCAAAUGGGAGGAGAUCAAGCAAAUAAUAACAUGGGUGAUCAGAUUGAUUCAAGCAAGCAGAAUUGGUAUGGGUAUGGGUAUGGGUUUGGGUCAUCUUCUUCUUCUUGGCAUGGACUUCUCAAUAGCCCUCUCAUGUAGAUUAUUGAUAAGUAGAAACUAGAAAGAAAUGAAUCUGCUGUGAUAGAUCUCUCUCUCUCAUCACCAAAUCUUUUCAUACAAUUUUUACUUCAUUAGAUAUCAUCUUCAGGCUUUCAAAGCUUAAUUAAUUUAAUGCUCUCUUUUCUGGGUUUUUUUUUUUUUGUAUCAAGAGAUUUGAAGUUCACCACCUGAAUCCUUUCUCAUCUCUUCUUAUUUCUUCUUUUUCUCCCCUCUUAAAUUUGGACUGUACUGUGUUUAUGUAGCUAGGCUUAGCUUGUUCUCCUCUACUGAUUAACAAACUAAUGAAAUUUUCAUAUUUUGACCUC